AUUGAUCAUACAGUUAUAGCAACUAAAAGCUACUCUACAUCUAGAGACUACUGCCAAGCUCAUCAAACAUCUGAACUACAGCAAGAGACUCAAGACUCUUUAUAACAUUUAGUUGCCAAUUUAAGACUCCACGACAUCUGAUCACUAUGAAGUUUCUGUUGAUACUCCUUGCACUUGCCUCUCUCUCUUGGGGUAGGAUACUACACAAUAUCAACACAUGGGAUCAAGUUUGGGAAAACAGUGAAGAGGAAGACACGAAAGAUUCCGGAAGUGUAGAGCAAGACUCUCGUCUGCAGCGUGUAGUCAUCAAGCUCAUGGACAUGUUGAGAUCCCGCCAAACAACAGACGAGGUCACGCCUACUGAUCUUGAUCAUAUCAUGGACGUCUUACAGGACCUCAAGGAUGUCUAUGAUGAUAACAUCCGAAAAGGAGGUGUCCCUGACGUUAGGUUUGACAUGAAAAACUUUUUUGAUAAAAUCAUGGAUCUCAAGAAAGAAUACGAAGACAAGAAGCAAACUGAGGGCGAUUUGAACACACUUCCGGUUGAUGUUCAGAGAACCAUUCUCAAACCAUACAUCGAUAAAUUGAAAGACACCAUGAAUACUUAUAUUGAAGACAUCCUAAAAGACACAGGUGAUACUGGACGAUACUGGGGCGGAAGCUCGCUCCUGCAACGCAUUUUUAACACGCUCAAAGACAUUAGCAGAACGGAUCAAGAUACUAGCGAAGAGGUGGGCACUCAAUCUGACCUGGAAAACUUUUUCGACAAAAUGAAGGACCUAAAAGAAACUUUUGAAGAGAAAAUCAGAAACAGUGGCGUCAUGGACACCAGGUAUGACAUUAAAGGCUUCUUUGAUAAAAUGAUGGGACUAAAAAAGGUGUAUGAAGACAAGAAGCAGAACGACAUGGCCAUGGGCAAACAAGGCGAGGACAAAAUGGAGCUGAAACCAUUUUUCGAUACCAUUAAACUUCUGAAGAACAUGUACAUUGGGAAGAGUAGACCACCAAGUGGCUACAGACGAUCAGAACUGCAGCGAUUCUUCAAUGAUAUUGGGGUACUCAAGAAAAUGCAUGACGACAGAAUUCAAAAAGAGGUUGACACUGGCAGACGUCCGCCUGGUGUUGGGUCAUCAGAUCUCCAGCGCUUUUUCAACGACAUCAGCCUGCUGAAAAAGAUCUACGACGAAACGAAAGGGCACUAUGUUGACUUUGGUAAGCUAGUGGAGGGAGACAACCCGGACGUCACCAUUAUCACAUGGAAAAUUAGUCCCAUUUCAGACACUGUUUAAACACAGUAAAGAUGACAUUGUUUUUUAUACAAAUAAUAUACACGUAUGUGUACUAAGAUGAAGUGUACUUUAUCAGAGGCAUAUUAAGAAUAUAUAUAUUUUUAAAAUAUGAAA